AUGUCUGACUCAAAGUCCGUAUCCGACUGCGAUGUCGAGAAGGACCAGAUCCGCCAGACUCUGUCCGACCAGAGUCAUGUUGACACCGUUGGCCCCUCGGCGGCGCCACGCGUCAGCAUCAAGGUCCCCCGCACUCAGACCACCCGCUCCCACAUUCCCAUUGGCUUUCGCACAUUAAGUAUACAGGUCUACGACUCCCGAGGCGUUGAAGGUGCAAAGAGCAACGAUCACCUCUCCGAUUCCGACUUUUUCGGAUCGCUCGACUUCCAUACCGUCGAUCCCGACGCGCUUGCUCAGAGGUUCAACGUGCUUCCCGAGUCCGGCCUCGACACCCCUGCCGCCACCCGCCGUCUCGAGCGCAACGGCAAGAACGUCCUCACUCAGAAGAAGAACAAGUAUUGGCUCAAGCUCUUCCACUACACCUUCGGAGGCUUCUGCUCCAUCCUCUGGAUCGGUGUAAUUAUUUUCUUCAUCUCCUGGAGGCCCCUCGGCAACCCUCCACAGGCUUACAACCUUGCUCUCGCCAUCGUCGUCUUGAUUGUUAUCUUCUUCCAAGCCAUCUUCAAUGCUUUUCAGGAUUGGUCGACACAGAAGGUAAUGAACUCGAUCCUUCACCUCUUGCCCGAGAACGCCGUCGUCAUCCGCGACGGAGAGCACAAGUCCAUCUCCGCUUCCGAACUUGUCGUCGGCGAUGUAUGCAUCCUGUCCACAGGUAACAAGGUUCCUGCCGACAUGCGAAUCAUCAAAGCCUCCGCCGACCUCAAGUUCGACCGAUCCGUGCUCACUGGUGAGUCCGAAGAGAUCCCUGGUACCGUCGAGCCCACCGAGACCAACUUCCUCGAAACCAAGAACAUUGCUCUUCUCGGCACCCACAUUUGCAACGGCAACGCCACUGGUAUCGUUGUCCUCACCGGCCCGCGCACCGUCAUGGGUCGCAUCAACAAGCUUACCAAUGACGACAAGGAGAAGCCAACCCAGCUGCAAAAAGAGAUCUCGCGUUUCGUCUACAUCAUCAUCGGCCUGACAGUCACGCUCGUCCUUAUCAUGCUUAUCACCUGGCUCGCUUGGCUUCGAAAGGAUCAUCCAGGCUUCCUCAACACCGUCGGCAUCUUGACAAACCUCAUGAGUCUCGUCGUUGCCUUCAUCCCCGAAGGUAUGCCUGUCGCCGUCGCUCUGACCCUUUCGUUGAUCGCACGUCGCAUGCGUGAUGUUCGGGUGCUGCCCAAGUCGCUCUCCACCGUUGAGACGCUCGGUUGUGUUAAUGUCAUCUGCUCGGACAAGACCGGAACUCUGACCGAGAACAAGAUGUCGGUUAACUCGAUCGGCUUUGUCGACAAAGAGUGCACCAGGAUCGACAUUUCUAGCAUCGAUCAGCCAGCCGUCUUCGACGAACUGAAUAAGGGGAUGGCUCUUUGCAACGAUGCUUUCUUUGACCCUUCAAGCGAUGCCGUUCUGCCGUCGGAGCGUAGUGUUCAGGGCAAUGCCACUGACGCCGCUGUUCUCCGCCUCUCAGCCUCGCUUCCUGGCUCUGAAGAGAUCAAGGCUUCCUUCCGGCGUGUCUAUGAUAUUCCAUUCAAUUCGAAGAACAAGUUCAUGCUCACCGUCAUGCGAAGCAACAGCGACAAAGCCACCACCACUGCUGACGAAAUGUUUGUCAAGGGUGCCCCUGAUGUCCUCAUGCCACGCAUCUCGCACUUCUUUUCAGCUAGAGAUGGUCAGACCAAGGUCUUUGAUGACAUGGCUCGUUCUCAGCUCGUAAGCAAGCAAGAGGCAUGGUCUCGCCGCGGCGAGCGUGUCAUCUUGCUCGCCAAGCGCCAAUUCAUCGCCUCUUCUAAGCCCGGGACAGGAGAGUACGAAGACGAGGUCGCUGCCGCCAGUCAAGAAGACCUUAUUGUCAUCGGUUUACUCGGUAUCAUGGAUCCCCCUCGCUCUGAUAUCCGUCACACCGUCGCUGAAUGCAGGAGGUCUGGAUCUCGCUUCUUUAUGGUCACUGGUGACUUCUCUCUUACUGCGGCUGCCAUCGGCAAGAUGGUCGGUAUCUUCACUCACAAUGGCGAGCCGGACUGCAUUGCCAAUUUUGAUGUCAAGGGUCGAUACGUCAGCGAACCACCCGCCCUCAACGAGAAGGCACUUAAGAAACAGAACGGGCCCAAGGACAUCAUCGAGGCCAGUUUGCUUGUCGAGGGCAAAGAGAUUCCACAGAUCACACAGCAGCAGUGGGACGUCGUCUGUCGCUACGAAGAGAUUGUUUUCGCGCGUACCACACCCGAGCAGAAGCUCAAGAUCGUCAACGAGCUUCGAGACCGCGGCUGUGUUGUCGCCGUUACCGGUGACGGCGUCAACGAUGCUCCCGCGCUCAAGGCGGCAGACGUCGGUAUCGCCAUGGUAUCCGGCUCAGACGUUGCCAUGGAGGCUGCUGACCUUGUUCUUAUGGGCGACUUCAGCUCGAUCAUCCAAGCCAUCAAGCUCGGUCGCCUUGUCUUCCAGAACUUGCAAAAGGUCAUCUCGUACCUUCUGCCCGCGGGCAGUUGGUCCGAAGACUGGCCCGUCAUCCUCAACGUCUUUUUCGGUGUUCCUCUUCCACUCAGCUCCUUCCUGAUGAUCAUCAUCUGCUGUUUUACAGACUUGGUCUGCUGCCUUACUCUCAUCUUUGAAAAGGAGGAAUUCGACCUGCUCUCCCUGGCGCCAAGGAACCCCAGAUCCGAUCACCUGGUCAACAAGGCCAUUUACGGACAGAGCUACCUGUUCAUCGGUAUGAUGGAGACGCUCACCGCGCACUCAAUGUUCUUCCUCUACAUUUGGAAGUACGCUAAGAUCCCCGUCAAAGACAUGUUCUUUGCCUUUGAAAAGUUCGGCGACGGCUUCCACGGCUACACGGCGGACGAGCUGAACCACUUCCUCGCUGUGGGACAGUGUGUAUACUUUGUCACGCUCGUCAUUCUCCAGUGGGGUAACUUGCUAUCGGUCCGCAACAAGCGUCUCUCCAUAUUCCAGGCCGAUCCCAUCCGCAAGCAACGUCGCAACCCCUACCUCAUCCUCGGCCCUCUUGCUGCGCUCGUCAUCGCCAUUUUCGUCACCGAGGUCAAAGGCAUCCAGAACCUCUUUGGCACUGCUUCGAUCCCCAUCGAGUUCUGGCUCAUCCCCGUUCCCCUCGCCAUCGGCAUCCUUGUCAUGGAUGAGCUCCGUAAGCUGCUUGUCCGCACUUUCCCUAACAGCAUCAUUGCUAAGAUCGCCUGGUGA